ACUUGAAAAUUUGGGAUCAUUAAAUCCAAUGUACACAGCACAUGUACCACGAGAAGACGGCCGUUAAAUAGCUAAUUAAACAUGCUUCUGUCUAUAUUUGACGUAUGGUAUAGUAUUACCGCAAACAUGGAAUCGAGAGCAGAAUGACAGCGUUAUAUUUGUGCUUGGGAUAAUUUUUCUUCCUGUAGUAUGAUAAGAAGAGGAAAAACAUAAUUCUGUAUAGAAAGAAAACUUAGCAAACGCAUGUCAAAAAACUGAUGUCAAACCGAAUAAAAGGAGGAAAACAGUGUGUCAAUCUCCUGGUUUUUGUAGUUCUGCGUUGAAGACAGUUGAAAGUCUCGUGUAUAUCAAAGUGGAACGAUUGUUUAAUUAAUGGUGUUUACCUCUGUUCAAUUUAAACACAAGGAUUUCUCUAUUCUAAUCUUAAGUUUAAUGGAAGAGUUUGUCGAAUUUUGGAGAAAACGUUAUGCAAUUUUUAUGGUGAAAAAAAUUAGUUUAUUACCGUGAUUCCGUGUGCCCUAACGUUUUAUCCGAUAAGUGAAGAUGGCGCACAUGCAGCAGAGAGUUGUUAGAAUCAUAUCUAAAUCUCCAUCGCAGAGGAAUGAAGCGGAAAUUCAGCUGGUGUUACCUUGGCUGCGGAAAAAGAGUGCAUUAUUCACGGAACUGGAUAAAAGUGUUUUGACAGAUGUAAUACGAAACUGUGCGUACCUGAAAGCUUUUAAAGACGAUGUUAUCAUAGUUCAGGGCGAAAAGGGAAACAGCUUCUUCAUAAUGUUGACUGGUAAAACGUCAGUGCUCAUCGAUACCCAGAAAUCAGACGAUGACGCCCUACCACCAGACGACACGAAUCAGACGAUAGAUUCUUCAAUAAUGGACAGAAAAACCGAGGAUGGAGACGAUGGUGCAGACGAUUGUAAGAACAAACAGGAAAAGAACAAACAGUCUGGAGUGACAAAAGCAGUGGAGAGGUCAAAGUUCGGGAAAUUCAUUAUUCAUUAUGAGGAGGGGAAAAGUUUCGGUGAGUUGGCCCUGAUGUCAGAGGAUUCGGUACGUAACGCUACCGUGAUAGCAGACGAGGAAACCGACCUCCUGGUCAUUAGUAGGGAACUUUUCAACCGUUCCAUGAAGGCCAAGCAAGAGGAGGAGUACCGUGAAAGACGAGAUUUCAUCAAAACGUGUCCUUUCUUUAGUAACUGGUCCCCCAAAUUCAAGAAACUACUGGAGAUGAGUUUAAGAAAAGAACACUACUAUUACGGAUCUACUAUUGUUAAGCAAGGAAACCCACCUCCGGGGCUACUCUUUAUAGUUCAAGGACAAGCGAAGAUAGUUAUGAAUCCGACUCAGCAUUCCUGUCAAUACCCAAGUAUUCUCAUUCAGAAGUCUGUACCUAUACAAAAUCAGCUGAAUGGGUUGAAUCAUAUAAAACCAAGAGGGGAGACGGAGCGUGAUGUGCUACAGCAACAUGUGCGCGUGCGCAGGCGAGACGGUUACGUAGCUGCCGAGAAACGUCAUCGAAGUAUGUCUGUCGAACUCUGCUGUGUGGAAAAGCACGACGUCAUAGGUGACAUUGAGAUGGCAUUAGAACUCGACACUUCCGUCAAUUCUGUCAUAUGCAACUCCAAUGCGACUGUAAUGGUACUGGAUGCAAAGAAUUACGAUCGCUUGGUAGCAAAGAAAAACCCGCAAACGAUCACCAAGAUAUGUCAGAGGGCUUUGCAAAAGUUACAGUGCCGUUGUCAUACAACCAAGGGGUCAAAAAUCCCAUUGUUGAAUAAUCUUGUUGAAAAACUAAGAGAAAAAUUACCUAAAAGACAAAUUAACAUUCAGCUUCGGCAACAGAUUACUGAGUUAGACAAAGAAAAGGAACAACUGAUGGAGCAGUUGAUCGAUCUGUAUCUCAAAGGCAAAGUGCCUAUGAUUGAACCGUUCGUUCCUAAUGCUCUCUAUUAUCGAAACAAGACGAUAAGAAGGGCAGAGAUGAUGGAGCAUAGAAACAAACUGGCCAAAGGUAUAGCACAGUCGGGAAAGCGAAGCUUGUACCAGGUGCCAAAAAGAAAAGUUGCUAGAAGUAUGAAGCAACUGAAAACUGCUAAUGCUGAACAGGAGUUGCUAAGCCCUUCAAUGAGUAGGAUCAGACCGUUCAGCGAUUAUGGAAUGACGGUUCAACGUAAUGUUCAACAACGACCACGUACUGCCAUAGGAUUGACAAGUCUAGCAUCGAUGAAAGAGCGAACCCGUCCGGUUUCAGAGAAUGAUCGAGUAUUCUUAACUGAAUGUGGAGAUUUAGAGGGUGAAAGGGACAACAUGAUGAUCACUGAUAAUGAUAGUUUGUUUAAACAAUUGGACAACAUUCAUCGAGAAAAGUACGAAAAUAGAUCCAGAAUCAUCUGCUCCGCCACAGCUAGAGAAGAACUGAUAAACGAUAUGCGGGUUUUCAAUGGCAAAUCUAGCGAGAUAACUUUACCAAACGACGAUGCAUAUUUUGACUGGGAGACUAGCGAAGGAAAUCUUAUCAGACUGGAAGAUAAAAUAAAAGGUUUCUGUGACAAACUUGAGAAGACAACAAACAAUAAGGACGCACCAAAAGUGUCGCAUCUAAAAAGAUUUUCUAUCCAGGAUGACCGAGAUGAAAACAACUUCGAACUUAAAGUUCCCAAACCAGGGGGUACUGUAUUCGUUCGCACCAAGGUCUGCAACAGUCAUGAAUCGCCAUCUUCGGAUGAAGUCCACCAGCAUGUGCGUAGAUUUGUUUUAACAAGGGAAAGUAGUAGCGGAGAUCAAAUUCAACUUCCAGACCGACCUAAAUCGGCAUUUGCUGGCUCAAGACAACGGAGAUAGCACUAGCAUGAAUAUGCUAUAGUUGAAACAAAAAUACCAUCCUUCCCACUUAGGAUACAGCUGUAAGGAAUUUCGAAGAUACCCGGUUUUGGGAUCAUGAAACAGACUUGUACUUCAGUCAAUAUUUCAGUCUUAUGCAAGAUGUUUAUUAACUAGAGAACAGUAUUAUGGUGAUAUGAUUUUACAGAAAACAUCUGCGGAGCUGCUUGGUUUCUAUGAUUUUGAUAAAGUGAACGUUUCAUGAUCCCAGGGCCAGGUCUUGGAAUCAUGCUCAUUGUUAUUUAUGACAUAUGGAACUUGAACAUAUUAUCUUUACUUGUUUUAGGAUAUCAUAAGAUGAUACAAAAUAAACAUGUUGAUAAUUUAUGAA